CAACCCCAACCCGAACCCCAACCCCACCACCACCACCACCACCUCCACCUCCACCUCCUCUUUCUUCGCGUUUUCCCCUCCGUUUUCUCCCCUAGUCUUCUCCUCCGCUUCGAAACCCUAACCCUAGAUCUCGUGGUUUCGUGAUCGGGUUAUUGGGUUUCGGAUUGAGCUGCAGAGGAGGGGAUGUUGGUGGGAAGGGUUUGAGAUUUUGUGAUUUAGGGUUGUGAUUUUGUUUUCUCUUGGAUGUCUGUGGCGGAGUUGAAGGAACGGCACGUAGCUGCCACGGAGCAGGUGAAUGCGCUGAGAGAGCGGCUUAAGCAGGGGAGGCAGUCCCUCCUUGACACUGAUGUUGCGGAGUAUGCGAAAAGCCAUGGGAGGACGGCGAUAAGCUUUGGGUCAACGGAUCUGGUUUGCUGUAGAACACUUCAGGGACAUACGGGCAAGGUUUAUUCAUUAGAUUGGACUCCUGAAAGGAAUAGGAUUGUUAGUGCUUCACAAGAUGGAAGGUUGAUAGUCUGGAAUUCUUUGACAAGUCAGAAAACACAUGCAAUAAAGCUUCAUUGUGCAUGGGUAUUGACAUGUGCCUUCUCUCCCAAUGGUCAAUCUGUAGCUUGUGGUGGUCUUGACAGUGCUUGCUCUAUCUACAAUCUUAACUCUCAAGUUGAACGAGAUGGAAAUAUACCAGUAGCUCGUGUACUUACUGGUCACAAAGGCUAUGUUUCAGCUUGUCAAUAUGUCCCAGAUCAGGAUACUCGCCUGAUAACCAGCUCUGGUGAUCAGACAUGUGUUCUAUGGGAUGUUACUACCGGUCAGAGGAUCUCAGUAUUUGGGGGUGAAUUUCCAUCGGGGCACACAGCAGAUGUAUUGAGUGUUUCAAUCAACACCUCAAACUCAAAUAUGUUCGUUUCCGGAUCAUGUGAUGCAACUGCACGAUUGUGGGAUGCUAGAAUUGCUAGUCGUGCUGUUAAAAUAUACCAUGGUCAUGAGCGCGAUGUUAAUACUGUCAAAUUUUUCCCAGACGGGCAAAGAUUUGGUACAGGCUCUGAUGAUGGUACCUGUAGGUUAUUUGACAUGAGAACAGGGCAUCAGCUUCAAGUUUACAAUAACCAGCCUAGCAACAAUGAUAAUACUGUCCCCAGCGUUACAUCUAUUGCAUUCUCAAUAUCAGGGAGGCUUCUCUUUGCUGGAUACGCAAAUGGUGAUUGUUAUGUUUGGGACACAUUGGUGGCUGAGAUGGUUUUGAACUUGGGUUCACUUCAGAAUUCUCACGAGGGCCGAAUAACUUGCCUAGGGUUAUCAGCUGAUGGUAGUGCUUUAUGCACAGGAAGCUGGGAUAGGAAUCUAAAGAUUUGGUCCUUUGGAGGACACAGAAGAGUGAUCUAAAUGUCGUUUUUUGCAUCAUUGCAAGUCAGCUUUCCGAGUCUGAACUUACUAUUCAACCUGAUCGGUUUGUUGCACAUAACGACAUGUGCUUGUAGAAUAAACCCUGUUGUAUCCUUGUUCACCGAUACUCCCGGUCGAUCUAAAGCGUCAUAUUUGUCAGUCUUCUAGAUGUGAUGUGCCCUAUUGAAGAAAACUGCUACAGAAUUAAAUGGGAAUGGACGCCUACAAACCAAACAAUUUGUGCUAGUUGUAUGUUUCUGAAACUUUGUAUCUUUUCCUUUCCACUUGUUGCAGUCUUUGUUACAUUUAUAUUGAAUUGUUACUAUGCAUUGUUUGUAACUGGUCCUUUUCAUGUACUUAAUCUGUUUUUCUUCUUUA